AUGGGCGAUCAGGACGACGACCGGCCAGACAACCCGUUCUUCCCUGCCGCGCUCAGCGCCACCGACCUGCGUUUGCCCGAAGCUGCUCUUGUCGCUGCCCCGCCUGCCUUCAUGACCAACCCCGCGGCGAUCACCGAUUCUUUGAGCGCCCAUCAUCCGCACGUGCACCCCGUCCACCACGGCGGCACUAUGCAAGCAACUACUACUGCGCUUCCCGAUGGCGACGACGCGGAGGAUGACGACGGCACAUCCGAUUCGGCCAGCGACGCGACGGAGCUGGACAACGAAGACUUCCCGCACUACUUUGACGAGCGUGCUGGUCGACUCUUCCAUUCCCAUGGUAUACAAAGUUCUUACACUUUUCCCGUCGACGGGACUGAGUGGAAGCGACUCAAAGCUCUUCACGAGCUACUCAAGCGUGUCCUCGGCAGCAACUAUGACGGACCCGUGGCAGAGGUCUUGUCCCAGGAAGGGGCGACCGGGCGUAUUGUCGAUCUAUGUACCGGCACCGGUCUUUGGGUGAUGGACAUGGCGCGCGAAUUUCCGCGCGUGCAAUUUCGGGGCUUUGACAAGGUGCCGAUCAUGACCCGUUACCCGCUCGACAAUUGCCACUUUGAGAUUGGAGAUGUGCGCGAGCAUCUGCGCGUCGCUGAUGCAUCGGUUGACGUCGUACACGCUAGGAUGACCGGUUUAUCUAUCGUGGACUAUAUGUCCUUGCUCCGACAGGCGGCUCGCAUUCUACGACCGGGUGGUCUCUUCAUCGCUGCCGAGUGGGGUGCAUACCCCGCCUUGCACCCGUCUCACCCGGCCGCGGCGAACCCGACGACGGAACUGCCCAACAUAACGCGUUUCUGUGAGGCUCUCAACGAGCUUAUCAAUCACGGCGCCCCUACUCUCGCGAUCACACUCCCAACUCUGAUCAAUAUAACGGGCGCCUUCGAUGCGCCCAGGGCAACAACUCGUGCAUUUCCAGUCGGGGCCCCUUAUCCUGGUGUCGAGCCUGCUGCCAUUCUCCUUGAUGUUGGUGAAAUCAUGCACCGAUGUACUUGCGGCUUCGUCGAUGCAGCUGUGGCGGGGCAUCCUACGCUGGCCGAGCAUGCCGAUCUCGUGAAGCAUGAAGUCAAUACUCACCCCGGGGUAGUUGCUGUGUGGCACACUGUUCAUGCGCGCAGGCGCUGA